AUGGAGGAGAAAAAUAAGGACCAUCGGGCUUUGCUCAACCAAGGAGAGGAGAAUGAACUGGAGGUGUUUGGUUUCCAGACCCACAAUCUGCGCAGAGCACUCUGCCUUACAGCCUCGGUGCUGACCUGCGGGGCCCUCCUGCUGGUGCUCUACUGGAGGCCCCAGUGGAGGGUGUGGGCCACCUGCAUCCCAUGCCCCUUGCAAGAAGCAGAUACUCUUCUGCUAAGGACAACGGAUGAAUUUCAGAGAUAUACGAGGAAGAAGGUGAUCUGUCUCUACUUAUCCACACUGAAGUUUCCUAUCAGCAAAAACCCGGAACGGCCCCUCGUAGCUGACCACCACUCUGUCAUAAAUCAGGCUGUACUGAAACCGGAAUUAAAACUACGAUGUAUCCAAGUGCAGAAAAUCAAGUAUGUUUGGGACAACUUGGAGAAGAGGUUUCAGAAAGUUGGGUUGCUGGAAGACAGCCACUCCUGCUACGACAUCCAUCACAUGUUCGGACUGGGUCUGACCAGUGAAGAGCAGGAGAUCAGAAGACUAGUGUGUGGACCCAAUGCCAUUGAGGUCGAAAUCCAGCCCAUAUGGAAGCUCCUUGUUAAACAGGUUUUAAAUCCAUUUUAUGUGUUCCAAGCCUUUACCUUAACUUUGUGGCUGUCUCAAGGUUACAUAGAAUACUCUGUGGCCAUCAUCAUCUUGACUGUUCUCUCCAUUGUCUUAAGUGUGUAUGAUCUGAGACAGCAAUCAGUGAAGCUGCACAGCCUCGUGGAGGAUCACAACAAAGUCCAGGUUACGAUCACUGUAAAGGGCAAAGGUUUGCGGGAGCUGGAAUCCCAUCUCUUGGUUCCUGGAGACGUCCUUAUUCUCCCAGGAAAGCUUUCGUUGCCUUGUGAUGCUGUUCUGAUUGAAGGAAGCUGUGUGGUGAAUGAAGGCAUGCUCACAGGAGAGAGUAUACCUGUUACAAAGACACCGUUGCCCGCUAUGGAGAAUACGAUGCCCUGGAAAGCCCACAGCUUGGAGGACUAUCGGAAGCAUGUCCUUUUCUGUGGAACAGAAGUGGUCCAGGUCAAGCCCUCUGCACAGGGGCCAGUAAGAGCAGUCGUUUUGCAAACAGGUUACAAUACAGCCAAAGGGGACUUGGUGAGAUCCAUCCUUUAUCCCCGGCCUCUGAACUUCAAACUAUACAGUGAUGCCUUCAAGUUCAUAGUAUUCCUGGCUUGCCUUGGAGUUGCGGGUUUUUUCUAUGCCCUUGGUGUGUAUAUGUACCAUGGAGUCUCUCCAAGAGAUACUGCAACCAUGUCCCUGCUCCUCCUCACCGUGACGGUCCCACCGGCGCUGCCAGCUGCCCUGACCACAGGCAUCGUGUAUGCACAAAAGAGGCUGAUGAGAAAGAAAAUCUUCUGUAUCUCCCCACAGAGAAUCAAUAUGUGUGGGCAGAUAAACCUCGUGUGCUUUGACAAAACUGGCACACUCACCGAAGAUGGGCUGGACCUCUGGGGGACUGUCCCUACUGCAGGCAACCGUUUCCAGGAAGUCCACAGCUUUGCCUCCGGCAGAGCUUUGCCGUGGGGCCCACUGUGUGCCGCCAUGGCCAGCUGCCACUCUCUCAUCCUUCUGGACGGGACCAUCCAGGGAGACCCUCUGGACCUCAAGAUGUUUGAGGGCACUGCCUGGAAAAUGGAACAUCGCAAUGCGGACUACUGCAAAUUUAGGGUGUCAGACUCAAAUGUAAUAAUAAAACCAGGACCGAAAGCUAGUCAGAGCCCCGUGGAAGCCAUCGCCAUCCUGCGCCAGUUUCCGUUCUCAUCGAGCCUGCAGCGGAUGUCAGUGGUGGCCCAGCUGGCAGGGGAGGAGCACGUCCACGUCUACAUGAAGGGCGCCCCGGAGAUGCUGGCCCAGUUCUGCAGAUCUGAAACAGUGCCCAAGGAUUUCCCACAGCAGCUGAGAAAUUAUACCAAACAAGGCUUUCGUGUCAUUGCCCUUGCCCAUAAAGCCUUGAGUGUGGGGAAGCUUUUGGAAGUGGAAAGUUUAUCCAGAGAGAAGGUGGAGUCCGAGUUAACAUUUCUGGGACUUCUCAUAAUGGAGAAUCGCUUGAAAAAGGAAACCAAGCCAGUCUUGAAGGAGCUGAGUGAGGCCCGCAUCAGGACUGUGAUGAUUACUGGUGACAACCUGCAAACAGCCAUUACCGUUGCCAAGAAUUCCGAAAUGAUCCCUCAAGGCAGCCAAGUAAUCCUCAUCGACGCUCAUGAACCAGAAGAGUUUGUUCCUGCUUCUGUGACCUGGCAGCUGGUAGAGAACCAAGAGAAUGGACCUGGGAAGAAUGAAACCUACAUUAAUAUUGGAAACAGUUCAGUGCCUGCUGGAGAAAAAGGGAGCUGUUAUCAUUUUGCAAUGAGUGGGAAAUCAUACCAAGUGCUAUUUCAGCAUUUCAACAGCUUGCUUCCAAAAAUUCUUGUGAAUGCAACCAUUUUUGCAAGAAUGUCUCCUGGGCAAAAAUCAAGCCUUGUUGAAGAAUUUCAGAAAUUAAAUUAUUGUGUGGGCAUGUGUGGAGAUGGAGCCAAUGACUGUGGGGCUUUGAAAAUGGCUCACGCGGGCAUUUCCCUGUCAGAGCAGGAGGCAUCUGUGGCCUCGCCUUUCACCUCAAAAACAGCCAACAUUGAGUGUGUGCCUCAUCUCAUCAAGGAAGGCCGAGCUGCUCUGGUUUCAUCCUUUGGGGUAUUUAAAUACUUGACCAUAUAUGGCAUAAUCCAGUUUAUUGGUACAUCGCUGCUCUAUUGGCAACUACAACUCUUCGGGAAUUACCAAUAUCUAAUGCAGGAUGUAGCCAUUACCUUGAUGGUCUGCUUGACAAUGAGUUCAACUCAUGCCUACCCAAAGCUGGCUCCGUACCGACCAGCAGGACAGCUCCUCUCUCCGCCUUUGCUGCUCUCUGUCUUGUUGAAUACCUGUUUCACCUGCAUUGUGCAGAUCUGUGCGUUUCUCUAUGUGAAGCAGCAGCCCUGGUACUGUGAGGUCUACAGAUACAGUGAGUGCUUUCUGGACAACCAAAGUGAUUUCUCAACAAAUAUGACUUUGGAAAGAAACUGGACUGGAAACGCAACUCUGGUUCCUGGUUCAAUUUUAAGUUUCGAGAGUACCACACUGUGGCCCAUUACCACCAUCAACUGUAUCACAGUGGCAUUUAUCUUUUCUAAGGGAAAGCCAUUUCGAAAACCCAUCUACACGAACUAUGUGUUCUCAUUUCUGCUGAUAUCUGCCUUCGGCCUCACAGUUUUCAUUCUGUUUUCUGAUUUUCAAAAUAUAUACCAAGGAAUGGAGUUCAUUCCGACCAUAACAUCAUGGAGGGUUUCAGUUUUGGUGGCGGCCCUCACCCAGUUCUGUGUGGCCUUCUUUGUGGAGGAUGCCAUCCUUCAAAAUCGAGAGCUCUGGCUAUUGAUCAAAAAACAAUUUGGAUUCUAUUCGAAAAGUCAAUAUAGGAACUGGCAAAAGAAGUUGGCAGAAGACCCUACGUGGCCUCCCACGAACAGGACGGAUUAUUCGGGCGAUGGCCAGAAUGGAUUCUACAUCAACCGAGGCUAUGAGAGCCCUGAAGAGAUUCUGAAGGGAAAACCCAACUGGAGAGGCCAAGGCACAGAACAGCAUUUUUGGACCAGAUUGUAACAGAACUGUGGCUGCGCAUGUUUAACAGCACCCCCUUCUCCCCCAGAAACUAAAGUACUGUGGAGAGGCGAUACUAUUCUACCCUUUUCUUUUCUCUCUCCAGCUGAGGGCUCAAAGCACAUUUUUCAGUGUAUUGAGCUUUGCAACAAAGGACCUUAAGUAUGCCUAUCUUCUACUAUUGAGGGAAAAAAUACAUUGCCUGGAUUAUCAUUUUUUCAUAAACUUUAUUCACAUUACAUAGCAUUAUCCUGGUUAAAAUGUAUACCUUGUCACUGCAGUGAAACUAAUAGUAUGAACAGCAAUAAAAGGAAAAUUGAAGAAGAAUUUUGGCAUUGAAAGUUUCACAAAUAUAUUUUUUAUUUUCACCCACAGGAAUAGAAGAAUUUGGAAAAAAUACCCUUUUCUCAGUAAAUGCCACAAAUUUACUCAACUUUAUAUUCCCUUGUGAAGAACAUUCAUGCAAAUGUUUUUCCAAGGUCGCUAAAUUCCUUUUUUUUUUUUUUUUGGCUCCCUUUGUUCAGUUGUAAGAAAGAACCAAGAAUUGACAUUGACUUGAGAGAAUCCAGCUCUCCCUGUGGUGAGCUGGAGCCGUGUGGGAGUGGGGAAUGAUGGAGGCUUCUGUUGUCCACGUGCAACUGCGCUUGGGCACCGCAGGUAGCGUCUAAGCAAACUCCACCGAAGAUGGCAUCUCCCAGAGCUUGUUUUGGGGCCAAUGGGCUAGGUUCAGAGUAGGUCACAUAGGCAAUAAACUAAACUGUUGGACUGUACUUCUAAUUUAAAGAAGUGCAGCACCUUCAUUUACUAACUGACAGGUGAAAUACUGAGGUUUGUUUGUUUGUUUGUUUUACUCUAGAAGUUGGGCCACACUCUGCCUCGCUUAUCUUAAAAAACAAUCAUAGGCAUGGGAGCCAUAAUAUCUGUAUCUAAAGUGUGACAAUUAUUAGGCUACUAAACAAUCUUAAGUCUCAUUCUAUGUUUCCAUUAUCUAAAUCAAUUACUAGAUGCACAUUAACAACCAUAAGAGAGAGUACACCCUUUGUAAAUAGACUGUGGACACUAUAGCCUUUAGUAUGCAUCAGUCCCAUUGUGACCAUGACAGGGCAUUUAUUCCUAGUGAACAUUUUAUAUCCUCUAUUAGGCUUUACUUGUAAGAGUGAAUCUAAUUUUGCUAACUUAAAGAUCUUCAACAGUCCAUAGGCAAUUAUGUAACCAGUCUUAUUCUGUGAGUGUCAGUUAUGUGCCUGACACUGGUGUAUGGAUUCAGUAAUGCACUUUGUUACACAAACCAGCAGCACAAAUGCAAAUUUCUAUAAAAACAAACUCUCUCUAUUUAUAUUUUAUUUGCUUUUAGCCUUUGGUGCACAGUUCUUGGAGAAUGAUAAUUUUCAAAAUGUGUCUAAUUCAGUAGCUACUAAUAAAGGAUGAAAGGGUAAAAAGA